CGUGUGCUUUAUGAAGUACUAUUAUGCAAAGUAUUUAUAUAAAUACUUGUGAUGGCUACGUAUACUUACUUUUAACUAUUUAUCAACCUCUACAAAUUAACACGAGUACUGAAAAGCAAUAUUGGCAAUUAUACAUACAACGGAAUCGACCUAUACGGGUGCUAGCGCUGUACUGGGUUAGCAGAUAAACCGCUGGAAAUGUUUUAUUCGAAAUUCAUCCUCAACUCACAGGGGCCUUUGGGCGUAGUAUGGCACGCGGCGCAUUGGGAUGUGAAGAAAAAUGUAGUCAACGAGACACAGAUCGACAAAAAAGUCGAGUACAUCGUUUCACCAGCAGUGCCAAUAGCCCUCCGUACUUGUGGCCAUCUGCUGGUCGGUGUCGUUAAAAUCUAUUCGCGCAAAGCCAAGUAUCUGCUCAACGAUGCCAGCGAUGCGCUGUCGAAGAUCAAGGUCGCCUUCCGCCCGGGCACAGUGGAUAUGCCCGAAAAUCAACAAACAGUUGCCGCCAACGCCAUCACACUCGCCGACAAGGACGUGAACUCUAUUGGAAACCUGGAUCUCGAUCAAGCCCUUCUAGAGGUGGGACUCAACGACUACAUCGGAAACUCCGACCUGAUCACCGCCGCGGACCACGACAUCACUCUGCACGAGGCACUGGCCGCUCAGGGAAUCGAUGAGGAGGAUAUAACAGGGGGCCUAAACAUGGAUAGCAAUGAUCUAGACAUGGAUAGCAACAUGCUCAUGGCGGGUGAUAUGAACCUGGAUGAUCUCAAUGACAUAGACCUGGACCUGGAAAUUGAGGCCGGGCGAGACGCCGGCGUGGAGACCAGUUAUAGACCCGAAGUGGACGAGAGCUUGGACCUGAGCAUGUUUGAUAACAGCCGCGUUGCAGUGGAUGAGCAUGGCAACAAAAUCGCGCCUAAAGGAAAGGAGAAAGCCGGGACGUCUGAGUCGGAUAUCGAAAUGCCGCGUGACGCCCAGGCAGGCGCUGACAUCAGUGAGAUCAAUGAUACUGGCAAAGCCAACGGCGAGAUCAAUUUGGAUCUGGAUAUGGGCGAGAGCGAGUUAGGGCUUGACGGAGCUCCAGGAGACUUUAACCUCGACAUGGAUCUGG